AUGCGGCGGCGGCGGGGGCAUGGCCGCGGAGCUGGUUCGGCUCUGCUGGGAGCAGGCGUUGCCAGGCUCCGCCGCCUCCUCGUCCUCCCCAACGGCCGCCUCCACACCCCCAUGAGCGCGCCCUUGCUAGGAGCCGCCUGCAACUGCCGGCAUCGAGGCCUCGCCAUCCGCGGCCCCGCCCGGCUUUGCGUCUCGCCAGGUCUGGCACGGCCGGCGGCCUGGCUUGGCGGCGUGGGCUGCCCUCAGCCUUCCCCUCCUUUCCUCUGCUGCUUCCUCCUCCUCCUGCCCCAUCCUCCUCCUGCUUCCUUCAUAGCCGCCGCCGCUUUUUGGUGGGCGUGGGCGGACGCGCGCACCUUGCUGAGCCCGCUCUCAGGUGUCGCCCCCUCGGACUGCCGCGUCCGCGGAUGUGCCCACCUCGCCGCCCGCACCAUCCUGGCAGCGCGGACGGCCGCCACCGUGCCCGGAUCUCGCCUCCUCCACCGCCCUCGCCGGAUCUACGUGGUGCCGCCGUUCACCGGAGACUGGGGAGGAGGGGUCGCGUGCUGGCGUCCGCAGCCCUGCCUCGCCCUCGCCGUCGCCCUGGCAGCCGGCGCUGCCGCAGCACGGGGACUCGGAGAGAAGGAAGAAACUAAGAGAGUGGCUAGGGUUGGCAUGGUCGGAAUUGGAGAACUACAUGUGACAGACUAUACUACUUCAAUCAUCCCUAUACUAAUCAAACAUUAUUUUUCUAUUAUAAAUUUACCAUUCUACCCUUAA